CGGUCCCGUGUGCCGGGGCCGAGAGCUCGCGCGGAGAGGGGCGCACGGAGAGGGGCGCAGGCGGAGAGGGGCGCCCGGAAAGUGUCGCACAGAGAAGAGCGCACGGAAAGGGGAGCGCGGAAAGGAGCGCAAGAAGAGGGGCGCACUGAGAGGGGCACGUUGAGAGGGGGGCAAGGAGAAAGGCUCCCGGAGAGGGGCGCGUUGAGAAGGGCGCAAGGAGAGGAGCGCACGGAGAGGGGCACGUUGAGAGGGCGCAAGGAGAAAGGCGCACGGAGAGGGGCGCGUUGAGAGGGGCGCAAGGAGAGGAGCGCAAGGAGAAAGGCGCACGGAGAGGGGCGCAAAGAGAGGGGCGCACGGAGAGGGGCGCACCAAGAAGGGCACGUGGAGAGGAGUGCGGAGAAGAGCGCACGGAGAGGGGCGCACGGAGAGGGGCGCGUUGAGAGGGGCGCGUUGAGAGGGGCGCACGGAGAGGAGUGCAAGGAGAAAGGAGCACGGAGAGGGGAGCACAGAGCAGAGCGCACGGAGAGGAGCGCGCGGAGCAGAGCAGCAUGUCCGUCCCCCGGCCCUCCAACGACCGGCCCUCCGGCCCCGGGGGUGUGAAGCGCGGCCGCCCGCAGCAGGAGGCGGCGGGGCCGGGAGGCUCCCGGGUGACCGUGGUCCUGGGCGCCCAGUGGGGAGACGAGGGCAAGGGCAAGGUGGUGGACCUGCUGGCCACCGACGCCGACAUCAUCUGCCGCUGCCAGGGUGGGAACAACGCGGGCCACACCGUGGUUGUGGAAGGAAAGGAGUAUGACUUCCACCUGCUGCCCAGUGGCAUCAUCAACACCAAAGCCAUUUCCUUCAUCGGCAACGGGGUGGUCAUCCAUUUACCUGGCUUGUUUGAAGAAGCUGAAAAAAAUGAGAAGAAAGGGCUCAAGGACUGGGAGAAGCGGCUCAUCAUCUCGGAUCGGGCGCACAUCGUGUUUGACUUUCACCAGGCGGUGGAUGGACUCCAAGAAGUUCAACGCCAAGCCCAGGAGGGAAAAAACAUUGGCACCACAAAGAAGGGCAUCGGACCAACGUACUCUUCCAAAGCCGCCCGCACGGGGCUCCGAAUCUGUGACCUUCUGUCGGACUUCGAUGAGUUUUCGACUAGGUUCAAGAAUCUGGCCCACCAGUACCAGUCGAUGUUUCCCACGCUCGAAGUGGAUAUAGAAGCACAACUCAAAAAACUCAAGGGGUAUGCAGAGAGGAUUCGGCCCAUGGUCCGCGACGGGGUGUAUUUCAUGUACGACGCCCUGCACGGCUCUCCCAAGAAGAUUCUCGUGGAAGGAGCCAACGCGGCUCUCCUCGACAUUGACUUUGGCACGUACCCCUUCGUGACGUCCUCUAACUGCACCGUGGGGGGCGUGUGCACGGGCCUCGGGAUUCCGCCGCAGAACGUGGGCGACGUGUUCGGCGUGGUUAAGGCCUACACCACCCGCGUGGGGAUCGGCGCCUUCCCCACUGAGCAGAUAAACGAGAUCGGGGACCUGCUGCAGAACCGGGGCCACGAGUGGGGAGUGACCACCGGCCGGAAGCGGCGCUGCGGCUGGCUCGAUCUCGUCAUCCUGAGAUUCGCACACAUGAUCAACGGCUUCACCGCACUGGCGCUGACCAAGUUGGACAUCCUGGACGCCCUGGAUGAGAUCAAAAUCGGCGUUUCUUACAAGCUGAAUGGGAGGAGGAUCCCCUAUUUCCCAGCAAACCAGGAAAUCCUGCAGAAAGUGGAAGUGGAAUACGAAACGAUGCCCGGCUGGAAGGCGGACACCACCGGGGCCCGGAAGUGGGAAGAGCUGCCUGCCAAAGCUCAGAACUACAUUCGAUUCGUGGAGAAUCACGUCGGCGUGGCUGUUAAGUGGGUCGGUGUUGGAAAAUCGAGAGAGUCGAUGAUCCAGCUGUUUUAAACAGAGAAAGAACUUUAAUCCUGAGAAGCCCAAUUCAGUAGUCAUCCGUUCCCCCAGCCGGUCGCGAAGAUUCUAUUACCAGUCCUUCGCAGCCCAGGAGGUUAUCCGAAGUGAAUAAAAAAAAACCAGUGAUAUUUUC